AUGCAGGUAGAGCUGGUACCUGGAGCAGCAAUAUUGUUGGUUCUCUUUCUGGUCACACUCUGGGCCUUCAAGUUUCACCAAGCAAGAGGCAAGCUCCCUCCUGGUCCAAGGCCCUGGCUCUUUCUGGGGAAUCUACUGCAAAAAGAUGUUCUGCCUCUAUUUAAAACCUAUGCAAAGCUUACUAAGAAGUAUGGUCCAGUUUUUACUAUCUGGCUAGGAGUAAAGCCAAUGGUUGUGAUCUGUGGAUAUGAAGGAGUGAGAGAUGCUUUGGUAACUCAUAAUGAAGAAUUUAGUGGACGGCCACCUAUAGCUCUCUUUGCUCAAAUAACCAAGGGCUAUGGGCUUAUUAGUGAACAUGAAAGAUGGAAGGUUUUGCGUCGUUUUGCUCUCACCACACUACGGAACUUUGGAAUGGGAAAGAGGUCGAUGGCUGAACGAAUAUUGGAAGAGGCUCACUGUUUGGUGGGGAAGAUAUCAACCUUUGAAGGUCAGCCCUUUGAUAUAGUCCCAGCCAUCACAGCAUCUAUUUCUAAUGUGAUGUGCUCUGUUGUCUUUGGGAAUCGAUUCUCUUAUGAAGACAAAAAUUUCACUGAACUAUUGGACAUCUUUAAGACAUUUAAUGGUUUUUUCCUGAGCAUUCCUGGAGUGAUGUACAGUGCUUUGCCAAAUAUCAUGAACUUCCUUCCUGGGCCUCAUAAGAAAGUCUUCUCUGACUGUAACAAGGUCUGUGACUUCAUUAGAAGUAAAGUGGACUCUCACAAGAAGACCCUGGAUCCAGAGAAUCCUAGAGACUUUAUUGAUUGCUUCCUUAUUAAAUUAGAAAAGGAACAAGUUUCUUCUGUAAUCUGUAUGGAAGACUUGGUUAUGUCUGUGUUUGACAUCUUUCUUGCCGGGACAGAAAGCACAGGCACUACCAUCUCUUUUGGCCUUAUCAUUUUGGCCAAGUUUUCACAUAUCCAAGCAAAAGCCCAGCAGGAAAUUGAUGAGGUUGUGGGAACAAACCGUGCCCCCUGCAUGGAGGAUAGAAUGGAGAUGACUUAUACCAAGGCAGUUAUUCAUGAGAUCUUACGUUACCUGCAAGCAAGUAUUGAGAACUUCCCACGUAUGACAACUCAGGAUGUGAAUUUCAGAGGACACUUCAUUCCUCAGGGCACAACUGUUCUUCCAUUAGGGGUUUCAGUGCAUUUUGAUCCUCUCUGGUGGGAAGAUCCUGAGAAGUUUGACCCAGGUCAUUUCCUGAAUGAGAAGGGCAAAUUCCAAAUGAACAACGCCUAUUUUCCUUUCUCUGCAGGGAAGAGAGCAUGUCCAGGAGAGGCAUUGGCUGAUAUGGAAUUGUUCCUGUUCUUUACCACGCUGCUUCAGCAUUUCACUUUUGAACUGAUUAUAGACCCUGAUAAGAUAAACUUGGUGACUUUGUUCACAGACUGUAAAAAGAAUGGGAAGCAUCGGUACCUUCGGGCCAUCAAGCGUGAAAUUUAA